AUGGUCGACAACUUCGACAGUUCUGACCAUGAAGGAGAAGACACGUUUGUGUCGCCGCCUGAAUCGGCGCUGGGCCGGUCCAAGACACCCACCAAUCAUAGCUCGCGCUUCGAUACAGAAGAAGCCCGCGAGGCGGCACUGCGCAAAGAACUAGAGGGAGUCAGGAAGAUCAACGAAGUGAUUGAGGGCGUCAUCGGAACGCUGGAGAGAGCUAAGGGAAAUAUGGGCACUGUCUCUAAGACCGUAGACAACGCAUCGACAUUACUCAACACGUGGACACGCAUCCUCUCCCAGACGGAACACAACCAACGGCUGAUACUCAACCCGGAGUGGAAAGGCGCAACCCAGGACCUUAUCGAUAUGGAGAAUGAGGCGCUUCUGAAGCAGCAGGAGGCCGAGAGACGGGCAGCUGAAGCUGAGCGGCGGCGCGAAGAGGCUCGGAGAAAGGCAGAGGAGGAGGAGCGGAAGAGGUCUGGUUCUGCUGCGACCUCGUCGUCAUCCAGGGGAAUUGGUCGGGGCAUCUCGAGGGGGAGGAUCAGGGGGUUAACAAGGGGCGGCGCGACGGCAGGACCGUCAUCGUCAGCCCACGGAGUCGACAGAACAUCAAGCAGCAUUGGGAGCUCAAGGCACACGACAUCGGGCAUAGCCAGGGGCGGAUUUGGAUAUACGAGAGGUUCUCGAUCAAGAGGCGUUAGAUGA